ACUUCAGAGUCCAUCCCGAACCGAACUUUACGAGUCCUGAGGUUUCUCCCACUUUGAAAUCUUUUCUGUACAAUCUUGGGUUUAGGAGCCAUCGCUAUUCAGUCAUCUCCCACCUCCUUACUCCCCCUUCGUGUCUGUGUCUGUGUCUGUUUUCUCUUAAUCCUGUUUGGGUUUUGUGGUUCCAGAAUCAAUGGCCACCAUGUCAAUGCGAGUUGCGGCAGCAGCGGCAGCAGCGGCUGCCGUUUCAUCGCCUGCCAAGUCUUCCACUGUGCACAGAUUGGGCAGCCGUCAGAUGGUUGGAGAGUUUCGAGGAGCGAGGGGGUUGGGUAUGGCUGCGGUAAUUGCUCCGGGUGCUAGGAUGCUUUGGCGCAGUGAGGAGCAGAGGAAGGUGUUGAAGGCUGUCAAUGGCGUCCGCGCCAUGGCCUCUGCCAACGGUGUCCCAGCCCCUUCUGGCCUUCCCAUUGAUCUUCGAGGGAAAAGAGCGUUUAUUGCCGGUGUGGCGGAUGACCAAGGUUUUGGCUGGGCCAUUGCCAAAGCUCUGGCAGCAGCUGGAGCUGAAAUUCUUGUCGGAACCUGGGUGCCGGCUCUUAACAUCUUCGAGACCAGUCUCAGGAGAGGCAAGUUCGACGAGUCCCGGCAGCUUCCCACCGGAGGAUUACUCGAGAUUGCCAAAGUGUAUCCCUUAGAUGCUGUAUUCGACACUCCUGAAGAUGUGCCUGAGGAUAUCAAGAACAACAAGAGAUACGCUGGGUCAACUGCUUGGACUGUACAGGAAUGUGCCGAAGCCGUGAAAGCUGACUUCGGCUCCAUCGACAUCCUGGUGCAUUCACUUGCUAAUGGGCCUGAAGUAACGAAGCCACUUAUGGAGACCUCGCGCAAAGGUUACUUAGCUGCUGUCUCAGCCUCUACAUACUCCUACGUCUCACUUUUGAAGUACUUUGCUCCGAUCAUGAACCCAGGUGGUUCUGCACUUUCUCUUACUUACUUGGCGUCUGAGAAGAUUAUCCCUGGAUAUGGUGGAGGAAUGAGCUCUGCCAAGGCUGCACUUGAGAGUGACACACGUGUGCUUGCAUUCGAGGCUGGCAGGAAGUAUGGCAUUCGGGUUAACACCAUUUCAGCAGGUCCCUUGAAAAGCAGAGCGGCUAAGGCUAUUGGUUUUAUUGAUGACAUGAUCAACUACUCCUCUGCUAAUGCACCAUUGCAAAAGGAGCUGGAAGCAGAUGAUGUAGGACAUGCAGCUGCAUUCUUGUCAUCACCAUUGGCUAGUGCUGUAACAGGUACACUGCUCUAUGUCGACAAUGGUCUGCAUGCGAUGGGCCUGGCAGUUGACAGUCCCUGCGUUGCAAAGGCAGCCACUCCAGCCACUCUCUAACUUUGCUUCACAACUUUCAUCCAACAUGUUGCAACUUGAUUUCUAACUUUCUGUCACAGGGUUUAAGCAUUGAGUUGGAUAUACUCUUAAGCUGCCCGUACAUGAUGUACUUAGUUGUUGGAAUUUGAGGAGUUGAAGAUCGAUUUCUAAGAUGACUUGACAACAGGCGAGUAAGAUUGAGUACUUUCCCUUAGGUUUGUUUCGCUGAUUCUGGCAACUUGAAGACAUUUAGAACAGCGGACAAAGAUUCCGCAGUUGAAUGACUCUAGUAGAGUCUGUACACUUUCUCCUGUCCAAUGAGAGUUUCAUUACAGUUUGCAAAGCGCGCUCUGAAAAAA